UGUUCAUUAAUCUGACAUAUCUUUUAUAAGUAUUUAAUUGCUUAUUAAUAUUUCAUUUAAGUUACAAAAGAUGUUAAUGGGAGAGGAAAUACAUUCACAUAAUCAUUUGGAUUCGGUUGAUUUUAAUAUGAUUACCGAGCAUAUGGGAGACUUCAACACAUCUGCAUUACAUAGAAAGCUGAUGAGCAAGGUGGAAGCUCUACGCAUUAUACGCAAAGAAUUGGAACAAUUUCGGACAGAACGUGACCAAUUCAAAUUGAUGGCAGAAACGUUGCAACUAAGGUAUUCUGCCUUAACGCGCAAUAAUGGGUACAGUGGGUGCGUGGGUAUAGACGGUAAUAAAUCUACUGUUGCGUCAAUAUUACAUGAGACCCGCGAAAGAAAUAUAAAACUAACCACCGAAGUAGAAUCUCUGAAACAAAAAUUAAACGAACUACGUGGUGAUAUAGAACUUCUUAGAUCAUCCAGCAAAGAAGGAAAUUGUGAAAAAGCACAAAUGGACAUGGCUGAUGAUACUAAUAGCGAAGCUCUUCAAUGGAAGAAAGAACGAUCAAGUUUUAUUUGCCAUUUGGAAAACUUAAAAAAGAAGAAUUUGCAACUAGCCUUUGAUUUAAAAACUUUGAUUGCUGAGAAAGAAGAUAUCAUAUCUGAACGAGAUGCUUACAAAUGUAAGGCUCAUCGAUUAAACCAUGCGUUGUUAAAUGCACUGAACGCGAACAAAGCGCAUCCACAGUUCCUUGAUAUUGAUGGCAUAUUACUGGAAAAUAAGUACCUGCAUGAACGUUUAAAAAACUAUGAAAGCGAGCUUGAUAUAACCAAACAAUCGUUAACCAAAUACAAGACUAUGUUGGAAACGAAGCGUAAGAAGGGUAUAAUUAAACUAGGUUCUAGUGCAAAUGAUGAAAGUAUUUUAUCUCAUAAACAAGUUAAAACAAUGCUUGAGAAUGGUGUGGACUUGCCCACAAAAACCGAAACAAUUCAAGACUUAAAAUAUCUUUGUUUGGCUCUGCUGGAUAAUUUAAACGAUAAACAUAUUGCCUUAAACCAUCAGAAAAAAACCAACAAGAUUCUUGCGGCAAAAAUUGCUGAAUUGGACCAACGCAUUCAGUGUUUAUCAGGCAUUGAAACUACAACUGGAACAACAUCAUCUUGCAUUAGUGAAUACUCACCUACUCAGUUAUUGCUGCAAGACUAUAGUGCUUCAUCUGUGGACUCGAGUGACAUAUUAGAAACAGACACAGUAACACCAACCACACCUAAUCCGAAAUAUUCAGUAAUCCUUAAAUUAAACGAUACUGAAACUUUGACAACUGAAAAUGAAGAUUCAAAAACGUCUCGUUUGGGUAUAUCAGAAGACUGUGUAGACUCUCUCUCAACAGAAUCUGGCCGGAGUAUAUUAUCUUCAGAGUACGGCGGUUUCGCAGAAGCUUUAGGUAUACGUAACCUCAACGAAUUCUCCAAAGCUGCCAUAGAUGCGCACAAGACACCAUCUACCACCACAGAAUCGGGAGAUAACUCAAGCACAAAAUAUAAUUCAAAUUCUCAGUCACAUCACGUAAACAGAGAUAUCGCUAGAGAAAGGUAUAACGAUUUAAAAGACUUACCACCAGAGCUGGCUGCAAUGGUACAGCAAGCACUCCAUGAAUUGGAUAUGCGUGAUUUUGAUGAAAUCGUGAACAUAAAUGUAAGUGACUAUGACAGAGCAGAUAAUGCAAAAGUAUUCCCAAAUAUUGCCACUUCAUAUGAAGUUGACAAAAGAGGAGAAAAAUCACAAACAGAAGUUUAAAAGAUUUUUCUGCCAUUAAAUUUUUAAAAUAGGUAAAUUUUAUCCAAAAGUUAUUUUUUAAAACAUCCGCAAGUACAAUACAAAAAGUGUACUUUAAUAAUUAUAGAAUUACACAGAAAUAUGUAUAUGUAUAUUUGAUUAUUAUACAUUUCAGUGACGAAAUUUAA